AUGACGUCAAGCUCAAAGAACGGCACAUCUGCCGCCCUGGAAGUCAAGACAAAAUAUGGUGUUAAGUUCGGGAAGGAGUUGAGGGAUAAGGAGUUUCUAUUCGGAAAUGGAUACUUGAAUUUGAAUCAUGGUUCGUUCGGAACGUUUCCUCGCACAGUUCGCGAUACUAUGCGCGCUUUCCAAGACGAGUGCGAAGCCCAACCAGACCCCUUCAUCAGAUACAAUUAUCCGCGUUACCUCGAUGAGGCUCGUGAGGGCAUGGCAAAGCUGCUCAACACACCUUCUUCGACCUUGGUGUUUAUGCCCAACGCCACCACCGGCAUAAACACCGUUCUUCGCAACAUUGAGUUCCAAUCCGGUGAUCAUAUCCUCAUCUUCAAGACUAUCUACGGCGCUUGCGAGAAGACCGUCUCACUCAUCACUGAGACUACUCCCGCAGAGAGUGUUAAGAUCGACUAUACGUUUCCCGUGGAAGACGACUGGCUUCUCGAGGAGUUCGAGAAGAAGGUUAAAGAGGUGGAGAACAAGGGUGGAAAGAUGAAAGUCGCAAUUUUUGAUACCGUCGUCAGUAUGCCUGGUGUUAGGAUGCCGUUCGAGCGCUUGACAUCAAAGUGCAAAGAGUUGGGAGUCAUGAGUUGCGUCGACGGGGCCCACGGGGUCGGCCACUUGGAGAUUGAUCUGGGGAAAUUAGACCCAGACUUCUUUGUCAGCAAUUGUCACAAAUGGCUCCACGUCCCCCGCGGAUGUGCAAUCUUCCAUGUGGCGCACCGAAACCAAGGGAUCAUACGCAGUACACUUCCCACGUCUCACGGCUUCAUCCCCAAGGGCGAAAAGCCUGUUUCUCCUUUCCCAAAGCGGACCUUUGCACCGUCUCACGCCCAGCCUGGCAUUGAACAAAACUCUUCUGAGCAAUCAGCGUUCAGCAAGUCGGCGUUUGUUGACAUGGAGAAAUCGCCCUUCGUUGCCAAUUUUGAGUUUGUGGGUACCAUCGAUAACAGUCCCUACUUGUGCAUACCUACAGCUCUGAAGUGGCGGGAUAGCAUCGGAGGUGAAGAUGUUAUCAGGAACUACUGUCAAACGCUUGCUCACAAAGCUGCCCAGCACGUCGCGCAGGUCCUCAACACUGAAGUCAUGGAGAAUAGCACUGGUACACUAGGGCAAUGCUGCUUGUCUAAUGUGCGCCUACCGAUAUCUCUUCCCAAAGUCCAAGAUAUUGCGGACAAGAAUGGCGUCGAGAAGGAAGACGUUGGCAUCGUAGUGAGGGAUUGGAUGUCGAAACUUAGUUUUGAAGAGUACAAUACCUUCAUCCAGAUUUAUUGGUAUGGAGGGCUUUGGUGGGUGAGGUUGAGUGGACAAGUAUACUUGGAGAUGAAAGAUUUUGAGUGGGCUGCAAAGACGCUCAAGGAGAUCUGCGAGAGGGUUGAGAAGGGAGAGUGGGCGGUUCCAAAGGGUAAGCUUUAG